UGAGGCACAUGUUUUGUAGAGACUACCACGGCAUAAAUUCAGCGUGACGCCCCUUUUUAGGUGUAAAGUCGCGUUCAAGUCUUAUUAUUCCUCACGUCACCUAGAGAUAACCAACAAAUAGAAGAAGAAGUAUCUGAUUCUCAAUUGCAUAUCGUUUCUAAAAGUAUCCACGAAUCAAUGGCAUCAGCGCAAUUUAAAGAGACUGAAUCUACACGUGAUGUGACUGAUGUCGAUACGGACGGGACUGCAGAAAGUGAAAUUGAAAAAAAAGAUGAUCACAUUCGAAUUUCUGGAGUGCAAGAAAUUUUCAAACCGAGGCCAUCAAAUGUAUGCUGCUUCCCACUUUUUCGAUCGUGCAACAGGGAGGUCCAGCUCCAAGCACAUAACGUGUUUAUUUUACAGCUAGAAGAUUUAUUCCACAAUGAAAAUUUGACCUACGAUACUACUGAGGCUAAUUUGAACCUAGGAGACAUUUCUGAAGAUGAAGAAAUUUGGGUAUUCGAUAUUCCCAAAACGAUCAAUCCCAAGAACUUUAAAGGACAAUCGAUAAAGCUUGGGAAAAAAAACAAUUUUCAAGUUGGGAACGAAUUGUAUGAAACAUGUUCAAGUGCAAGUGACAGCAAGCAGCAUUUGUCUUUAGUCUUUAAUACUGGUAGACGAAAGCGACCUUACAAAACAAUUAAUGUGAAACCUGCAGGCUGUGUACAAGUUCGCCAGAAACUUUCCAGCAUAGUGGAUAUAGAUUUGGUAUCUCCAAAAAAGGCAAGCGUACCCUUUCCAAAGAAUCUUAAACUUAGGCACCCUCUAUUUGGCCAUGAUUAUCGCGACAAAGUUAUAUCUGUUGAGAAAUGAAUUUGGCUGACUGGUAAUUGAAUGGUUUGUACCUGAAACUUAGGUUACAUGGAAUUCUUCAGCAAGUGAAAUUAUUUGUACCUAUUUGGCGAGAUAAAACUCGCAUUAAUAUUGUGAGCACGAAGUGAUACAUGCGUAAAUAACAAUAAAGUUCUGUAGAUUGAAUAGAUAAAUAAACUAUUGGUGUAUUUAAUUUCAAUAAAGUGGUGAAAAUUAUACUAGGAGCAUCCUUACUGUAUAA